UAGUGACAACCCUGUUUGCGAAUGAGUUGGAAGUGAAACAAUUGAACACACAGCAGCGGGGACUCGUGAGUGAAGUUAGAGGUUAAUGAAAGUGUUUGGCGUUUGUUAGAGUGUGAGGGUGUCAGUUGUGGCUAAAGAAAUGACUCGUUUGAGACAUGUAUGCUGUUCAACAUUGCUGCUGUUAAUAAUUAGCAUAGCACUUGCAAUUCCUAAACCAGAUGACAAGGAGAAGAAAGAUCGGGUGCUGGACAAUGAACUAAGUGAUCAGGAGCAUUAUCAGAAUGCACAGCACAAUACACAGUAUGAUCAUGAAGCAUUUCUAGGUGAAGAAGCUAAAACAUUUGAUCAGUUGACACCUGAAGAAAGCAGAAGAAGAUUAGGGUUGAUAGUCGAUAAAAUUGAUAAGGAUGCAGAUGGUUUUGUGACACGAGAGGAACUAAAAGACUGGAUUCAAUACACACAGAAACGGUACAUAACUGAUGAUGUUGAACGACAAUGGAAGACCCACAAUCCAGAAAAUAAAGGGAACCUUUCAUGGGAGGAAUAUAAGAAAAUGGUUUAUGGGUUCAUGGAUGAUAUGGAUCCCAGUGAAUUUGAGAAGGAAGAAGAAGGUUUCUCAUAUCAAAAUAUGCUGCGUCGUGAUAGGCGGCGAUGGAGUGUGGCUGAUCAAGAUGGAGAUGAUGCUCUUACGAAAGAAGAGUUCUCGGGGUUUCUUCAUCCUGAGGAAACUGGCCAUAUGAGGGAUAUAGUAGUUUUAGAAACCAUGGAGGAUAUAGAUAAAGAUAAGGAUGGGCGAAUCUCACUGAAUGAAUACAUUGCAGACAUGUAUCGUGGCACAGAGGGUGAACCUGAGCCUGACUGGGUAAAAAAUGAGAGAGAACAGUUUUCUCAGUAUCGAGAUAAAGAUGGAGAUGGGUUUAUGGAUAAAGAAGAGGUUAAGAACUGGAUCAUCCCACCAGAUUUUGAUCAUUCUGAAGCAGAAGCUCUACAUCUUAUUUACGAAUCAGAUGUAGAUGCAGAUCAUAAAUUGUCUAAGGAAGAAAUUCUUGCCAAAUAUGAUUUAUUUGUUGGAUCACAGGCAACUGACUUUGGAGAAGCCUUAGCACGACAUGAUGAAUUCUAAUCUGCCUCUUUUUUCUAAAUGUGUUCCUGUUAUACAAAGUGUUUGUUAUGCCUCUUACCUGAUAGAAGACAAAGGUUUAUGUUAGAGAACAUAACAAAUUAUUUAAGUGUGCACAGUUAGAUAUUGGAAGUUCAGUUUCUUUCAUAUGUCAGCUGUAGAAUGUGUAAGUACCGAGAUGAUCUGAAUGGAGAACUGGAUAAAGAUUAUCUUUGGAUGGACACACUUAAUCCUCAUGAUUUUUACAGAUUAUUAUGCGAGUUAGUAUUUCUGCUUCAUGUUGUAUAGAAUAUAUUCUAUACUCUUUAUGUUGCAUGCUAUUAUUGGACCAUUCCGUUGCCAUUUGCUGUGUUCAUACUUUAUUGAGCAAAAGCAAGUGAUAUUAGAUGGCAGGAAAGUGCUGAAUUUUAACAAAUAUGGAUAAGUAAUAGUAGGCUAUUGCAUUCUAGCAUGGGAGGGGUUAAGUUAAUGAAAUUAGUACCAAAUGAUAUUUUUACAAUAAUUUUGUUUACACAAUAUAAUCCAAUUGAAGUGUCAUCUGUAUGAUACAUUAAAUCUCAUAUGACUAUUAAAUACCAUGAAUCUCUUAUGGCCACCAAAUACUUAUAUAUUAAAUACCCUAAUACUGCCUGUUGUUUCAAAGUAUUAAUUUCUGAUAAUGGCCAGGCAUAUAAUUAUGUAGUUCUUGAUUUGUUUAUGAAAUUCUGAUAAUUUUGUCCUUUCAUAUCAUAAUCCCAGGUUUGAUUCCCACUUUAUUGUGUGGGAUGUGUAGUAUAUAAACUUGUGCUGUUGCAGAUUUUAAUAUGAUUUUUCCUUAAAAAUAAUUUCAUUCUACAAUGUCUCAGUCUUGUAAGUGGCAACUAAGCAGCUUUAGCAGAUAACAUCUUUGAAUAAGUAUGUAAGAACUUAGGGAGACAUUUGAGCAUGUAUGACAUGUGAUUUUUGAACAGUGUAGUAAUUUAAGUAAAAAUUCUUUGAUUAAAUUAUGAAGAUAUUUAAAUGUGACUAGUUAAUAUAUUUUCCUGUCAUACUAAUACCAUCAGGCAGUCAGCAAUAGCCACUGUUUUCCAUUUUUGUGUUAUACCAUUGUUUCUAUUAAAGUCAGGAUAUUAUUAUAAUUCUGAUUUAUGCUGUCAGUGAAGUGUAAGUUUAAUCUUAAUGUUGCUGAUUUUACCUUUUUCUGUAUGUGCUUCCAAAAGUAAUAUCAUCAUAAUGUGACAUGCUCUAACAUAUUUUGUGGAAUGGGUACUGCAUUUGUGCCAUAAAGUGUUCAGAACAAAACUUUUCCAUCUCUAUUAGAUUGUUUCCUUCCACACUCUUACCAGUUAAGAAUGUGUAAUCAUUCUCUCAUCACAGUCAAUGACACAUAAUCUUCCUUGUCCAUACAAUGUAAUUUGCAAAAAAUUCUAUUUACAGUGCUUGUUAUGAAGUGAUAUUAGAGGUAUUUAUUUUUACUUCCAUACUGAAAUAUUACAGAGUUUGUAUUGCAGGUUAUUAUAAAUCCUCACAGAGGCAUUCAACCCUACAGAGUCAAAGCUAUGUGAGAAAUCAGUUUUUAAAUUAAUUGUUCUUCCUGUUUAGUAGUUUUGUGAAUUUUACUAAGUGUGUGUAGUAUUUCAGGUUGGAAUACAUAAACUUAUUUUUAAACAGCAGUGCCACACUGAACUAAACACAUCUUCUGUCAUAACAAUGCAAUUCCCUUCCUUCAGUUUUGAAAUUUGGAAUUGAAAACAGUAGUUACAACAUAAUUGUCCAUACAGUGCAAGCUUGCAUAUGAAUUGAAGACAGGUGUGAUCAAAUAUAUGGGUGUAAAAUGGUUACAGUAAUGCUGUCAAAGUACAUGCAGGUAUUAAAUAAGACAGUUUAAUUACCUGGUUUCUUAUGAAUUCAUCACGGCUAUCAUGCCCUGUGAGGGGCUUCAAAUUUUCAAAUGUCAACUUAUUGAAAUGGGUAGGUCAUUCCCGUUUCAGAAAUUUGAUAUAUCACAUAAAUAAGCAUAGUUUUUUGUAUUUGUAAUUUAAGUAAUUUUGUUCAUAUUACAUGCAUGACAGUUAAUAGUUGAGAACACGUUGACAAUAAUGAUGCCUGUAGCCCAGGAAUAGGAGCAGUAGCAGAAAUGUGUCAUGCACAAAUUAUAUUCCACCUCUCAGGUAGCAAGUUAGGAUAAACUAUACAUUUGUUCAUAAAUCUAUCCUUAGUUUUAUAUGAGAAAUUGAUACUUAAAAGAACUUGUAGUAUGGCAGCAUGUAUUUCUAGUAAUAUUUAUUCUAAUGGUGAAAGUACAGUAGAUUAUGGAGUGUUAUGUAAAAUUACUCCAUGCAUUGGUGGUAACAAAAAUAAAAUGAUAAACAGACUACAUAUUCUCAGUGAUAUAUAAUACAGAUGUGGUUUAUUCAGAAAUGUAAAAGUUAAGGAUGUAUUGCACAUUUUAUGGUGUGGAAGUUAGGUUAUUGGUUACUGCUUGUAGAUUUCAUAUGUGUGAUAAUGAAAAAUGUAGAAAUUUGUUUUGAUGAAAGCAGAAAUUUUGUAACAGUGAACUAAAUGGAAAAUUGUUAAACCUUUUCUUAAAUACUAAUUUAUUUAUAGAAAUACAACUAUUUUCUGUAAAUAAUGAUAGUCACUAAUAGUGAUGUGUUUGCCAGUCAUCUGUAUUCACCAAACAACUUUUAAAUUAGAAGAUUUGUAUCAAAGUAAAAAUACACAAGUAUGUUAGAUAAACUUAUUGAGUCUAUCAUGAGUAGCCAGUAUUUUUGCAGUAGACAGUCACUGAAAAUUCCAUAAUAAUUGUCCAACACUGGACUCAGUCUGUAAUAAUUUCAAAUCAGCUAUGUCUCCAGUAUUCAUUUUACAAAUUGUUCUUCUGCUUAUCAUUAUCAGUGGUGUUUGUGGCAGUAUGCAGUACCAUCACUUUUUCUCAAAAUAGAAUAAAAUUGUCAGAUAUGACCUUGGAGUACUGCAACAUUUUUCCCUAUGAAAAAGUGCUGCACAUCAGACAAUCAAGUGGUCUGAUUUUAUUUGAAUUUAUGCAUUUGUAUUUUCUUUGUGUGCUGCAUUUGACCCAUCUCAAUUUUUGAUUUAAUCCCAAGAACAAUAAUGAUUGUGGUGCUUCAGUGUAUUUUGAAAUAUUUACUUUACUUUACACUACUAAUUGAUUACUGUGCAUUAGUUAUUAAGAAAGGGCCAUUAAAAUUAUUUUGUCAUGGAAUGGUAAGUAUUUCACAAAGAUCCAUUUGAAUUAUGAUACUUUUCUGGCAGUACCUGAUUAUAUUCUUGAUAAUGCAACAUUGAAGCAUGAGAAUGUGAAAGGAAAUUAAUUUUAUUCUACCAUUCUAUGCAAUUAUGUGUCGAAAGGAAUAAUUGUUAUUGGAAAGUGGCUACCAGAGAUCCGAUUGGAAAGGCAUUGAAUUUUUAUAUUUCAAUAUUAUUUUUGAAGCCAGAAUGUGAAUAAUAUUGUUAGCAGUAUUUUAAUACUUAUAUUCUAAUUUAAGGAUGUCGUAUAAAACAUGAGCCAUUCCAUAAGUGGUACUAAUGACAUACUUGUUACCAUUUCUAAAUUGUAUAACAUUGCACUUCCAUCAACCCUUUGGCAAAGAAAAUGUCAGCUUAGCAGAUAGCAAGUAUCUACCAGCUUUUUGUUAUUCUGAUGUAGAUUUCAUGUCUCUCUAGCAUAUAUUAAAAAUUAAUAAAUGUGAUGCAGUGUUCAUGUA